AUGUCGCGCUCCAGAUCCACCAUCGCAGCCGCGGCGCUGCUGCUGCUCCUCGCAGCUGCCCGCUGCGUCCAGGCAGCGGCAGCGGGCCCCCCUUCCGACGCACCCGCCCGCGGGCGGCAGCUCCAGGCCUGGCGGCUGCGCCUGAAGAAAUCAAAGAGCAGCGCCAACACCACCACAGCCGCCAUCACCGCGUCCAGCGCUGCCAACACCACCGCGACCCCCUCUCCCGCGGUCACCAUCCCUUCCUUGCUGGCCAACAACUCGGCCGCCGUCGACAACGCCACCGCCACUUCCGCCGACAACGGCACUGUGGGCGCGUCUGCCCUCUCCCCCGGCAAGAAGUUCAGCCGCGACGCCCUCAUCGCCUCUGACCUCAACGCCGUCCUCGUCACCGCCUUCAACGUGCUGCGCGCGUCGUUCCUGCUGGCCACCCCCUUUGCGUCGGCGGCGCAGGCGGGCGAGGUGACCAUCGGCGCCUCCUGGGGCCUCAACAUGGUGGGGCUGCUCAUGCAGAUGGGCGCGGCGGGCACAGACCUGGCCACCAAGAUUGAGAAGUUUGUGGCCGACGCCGCCGCCCCCGCCGGCUGA